CAAAAAUGAGAGUCGGCAGGUCCGAGAGGCAAAUGUUUUACGUUAUUCCACUUCUAGCAUUGUUGCUACUCAAUGGGAACGAAGCAUGGCGCCUGGAGAAUCAAACCUUUAGUGCUUUGUCAAAUGAACUGGUCCGUUAUAUAAACUCAUUGCCUCACAUUACAUGGAAGGCGGAGAAAUCCAAGCGCUUCCGGACAUUGGAUGACUUGAGACGUCAACUCGGUGCGCGGUUCGAACAUCCAGCUCAGCGAAAUUCGUGGAGACCUACUGUGACUCAUGAGGAUGUCGUUUUAGCACUACCGAAAGCGUUCAACUCCAUUGAGCAAUGGCCCCAAUGUGAGACAAUUGCAGAGAUACGAGACCAAUCGAGCUGCGGAUCAUGUUGGGCCUUCGGAGCAGUGAGUGCCAUGAGCGACCGCAUGUGCAUUCACACCAAAGGAGAAGUGAAGAAUCUGCGACUGAGCGCACGUGAUCUAUUGUCUUGCUGUACGAAAUGCGGAGCAGGCUGUCUGGGUGGUUGGCCUGGAGCAGCUUGGGACCACUGGCGUGAUGUGGGCAUCGUCGACGGGGGAGCUUACAACGAUACGAACACAUGCCUACCCUAUCCUUUUCCUCCUUGUGGUCACCAUCACUCAACCAGCAGCCGGUAUCCACCAUGUCCUGAGGAAUUAUACUCCACACCGGAAUGUGUCAAUACGUGUGUGCCAAAUACGCAUAAAGAUUUCAAUCGGUAUUAUUCUGUGAACUCAUACAAUAUCAUCAAGUCUGCCAGUGCGAUAAUGAAGGAGAUUUGGCUUCAUGGUCCAGUGGAAGCGUCUUUCAAUGUGUACGAGGAUUUCACGGUUUACAAAAGCGGAAUUUAUGAGCAUGUGGCAGGUGAUAUUAUUGGAGGUCAUGCGGUACGCAUCAUUGGCUGGGGGGAAGAGAAUGGGAUUCCUUAUUGGUUAAUCGCAAACUCAUGGAAUACAGAUUGGGGUGAGAACGGCUUUUUCAGAAUGCUGCGUGGCAAGGAUCACUGUGGGAUUGAGCAUGAAGUUGUCGCCGGAAUGUACGUCCUUCCCAGUUGAAGCUCCAAGAUGAACUAAAGGCUUAUUUACAUUGACAUCUAGAACUCAGUCCAACUAUCGGUUUGACGUGACAAAAAAGUUUCCCGUGUUUCCAUACUUGAUCAUACUUGUUGAUCAUACUUGAACAACGCGCCAAUUUCAUGUUAUGUCACAUGUACCCGCGCAAUAUAAUCACUUUGUUGCUCCGCCCUCUAGUAUUCAUAUGUUAGCGGAUACCUUCUAUUUGUCGCUGUUUUUCAUAACUUCGUUAUUCUACUAGGUAUGUGUAAAGCUGGGCACGAGUGUCAAAAUGUAAAUUUCUAUUCAGUUAACAUCGUCCACACGCUUUUUAUCAUUGGUAAAACAAAUAUUGUUGCCUAUCGCAGAAUGUUCUUGAACUGAUUUAAUGCAUACACAUUGCCGUCAAUUUCGUUACCUGUAAUCCUUAUUCGCUGGUAUAUAGGAUCUGUAUUUU